UUGAUUACUGACGUCAGUUGUAAGAUGGUGGACGUCCGUUCGUGCGUUGUGAAAUCUCAUGUUGUAACGGUUUUAUAAACGUUUUCUAAAAUUUGUGAAAUUGCUCGUUUAAAUGUACGUUUGAGUGGACGCUUUUCAAAAUGUUUCCCACAAGGAAAGCCGAUGUCGAUAAACACGUUGAAGAAUGCUUGAAGAAGAUAAAUAACGAGACAGAGCGCAAUCUUCGUUGCCUGUCUUUCGCUAAGCAGUAUUUCAAAAUCGAGCGUUUCGAGGACGCUCGUCGUUACGUCUCGACGUAUCUCAGUGCAAGACCAAAUUCUGCAGAAGCUCAUUGCUUGCUGGGCAAAUGCCUGGAAGCACUGGGCCGUAAAGAAGCCGCUCUUCAAGCCUACACGACCAGCCUUCGGCUUGACUCCAAACAAAAUAAUCUCGUCCUGAAAGUUUGCGAACUCUUAGCCUCCGACGACGUGGAAAUGGACCAUUCCGGUGCUCGGUACUUUUGCGAAAUGGCCCAGUCUUUCGACCCUCACAAUCCUGCCAUCUUCAACCUGAAACAGCGCAUCCUCACGUCGGAAAAUGACGAUCCUCGUGAUGUCUCCAAUCUGAUUUUGAAGGAGUUAGAAACGCGGCCGACUGACGUCAAGUUGCGGGUGCGUCUGUUAAAACAUCUCCUGCAACAUCAUUUGGUGAAAGAGGCGUACAAGCAUGCUGCGGAUAUUGAAGCCAAAGACUUGGCGAUUUUUUGCAAUGUCACUUGGUACGAAGCCGUAGCCGAGGUCUUGGUCAAGUACCAAAGAACGGUUUCGUUGCCUAACUCGCUCGGUUGGGAGUUUUGGUUUUUGUCGGUCUCCGUUCUGGACAAAUUGGCCGCAUUGACUUUGUCCGAAACCAGCGAAAAUAUCAAAACUACAACCGAAUACAUCAAUGCAAUAUUUAACUUUGACCAAACUUUGACAAAAGCUGCUCUCAACAUCGGCGAUUGUCCCGACAAACACCUCAUUCAAGAAUUUCUGAAUCACCACAGCGCGCAGUUGUGCUUCCAUUUCGUCACUUUGGUGUUUAAACAAGCACAAAAAGAUCUUAUUAAGUACAAGGAAGCCGCAAAUAUCACUCUACCGCUACUUUUCGCGGCUUAUCACUCACAGCCACCCGAUCUACAAAGCAUGUGGUUCAACCACGCGCCUGAAAAUCGCAGAAAUUUGGUACGGAGGUGGCGAAAGGAAGCCGCGUUCAGGUGUUCACAAGCCGGGCAUGUUUUACAAGCGGCUGCCAAAGACCGGAAGUCGAUACUCAUCGAGAAAGCCAACCAGUAUUCAGUGGGCAUGUGGCGAGAGCAAUUGUUUAAAAAAUUGUUCGUCACACGUGACCAACAACUGAAAAUGAAAACAAGUUACUUUUUGAGCGACCAAAAACUACUAGAAAUCACAAUAAGGUUGCCGGAAAGUGGCGAAUUGCUUAAAUACGACGAAGAGGCACAGUUGAUAUUCCCCGACUCUUUACACCACCACAUUUGGAUCGCACUGAAUAACAAACUAUCCGAUUUGAAAUGCACAGUGUUCGAAGGUUUGCAAUACUCGAUCAAGAACCUGAAAAAUUGCGGCGCCGAAACUCUGAACGUGUUGGACGUCCAGGCGUUUAUUUACUGCGCCACCUUGUGUUCCAAAUACAAUCAGGAAAAUCUGCGCCACAUUUCGUACUACAAUCUCGACAAACCUAACGUACUUCCGGCCGCCGUGACGCAAGAGUUGGGCACUCACAACCAAAAUAUUUUCUUCAAGGCGGCCUACAAAAUGUACAAGAAUGAAUACGACUCCGGUUUGGAUCAACUGAGACUGACUUUGGUGGACGGAAUAAAAAUUCUCCGGUGUGUGGAUAACAGUUUAGACGUCAAGCUUCUAGUGACACUGGCACAGACAUUCGCCGAACGGUCCAAAAACACGACAAAACAGUCCGAGAUUGAGUUUAACGAGGCGCGAGCCGAGCUGUACUACAAAGCGGCGUUACCGAUUUUGGAAAAAAUGAAGAACAAUCAAGCGGUUUCGUACCCCCCUAAUAAACUGUUCAAUUACAAGUCGAAAGACAUGCCUUUGACUGAGAUUUGUGCCCAUAUCGAGGCCGCGAAAUUAUUCAGCGGUUGCCAACUCAUGAAGAAGAAGGAGAACGAAAAAGCGUUGCGCAUUUUCGAAACUUUGAGAGACCCGUAUGCGAGUUUUUACCAGGCUCAGAUCUACAAACACAUGGCUGAUCAACAAACGAGUCAGAAUCGGGAGAGUGUGACUUCGGAGAUGCGCAGUCAGAAUAUAAUCCUGCUCUCGCGUGCUAGGGAUUGUCUCUACUUGACGCUGGAUCGGCUUAGGGAACCGUCAGUCGAUCAGAAGCACCCCUUAAACGAACAGUUGGGGACUGAGAUUGAGAAAAUCGAGCGCUUGUUGUCUAGAAUUGACCCGGACUGUACCAACAGGAAUGAGUGUGAUGGGAUGUCGGACGAAAACGUCUCAUCGCCUGAUAGCACCGGUGAUCACUACGUAACGGGAUACACUGGCAAUACUUCAAGUUACUUUAACGGGGUUUUUACACCAAGGGCGGAAAAUCACAAUCAUUCCACUCCUUACCGGUCCGAUCUUUUCAAACGUGAGGCCAAACCGAGCCCUGAACGACUCGAUGCCCAAUUGAGACAGCUAACAGCGUCGAAAGACGCUGCCAUUAACCAUAUUCUAGAACACAAUAAAAUGAUGAUGGAGUCGCACAAAACCCUAGUAGAUGAGUUGAGAAGUUUCAAAGACGCUGUUAAUAACCUCACGGUGACUGUCGAUGAACUUAAGACGGUGAAACACAGUUACGAGGAGUUGAAAGACGUGAAAAAGUCGGUGAACGAAUUGAAGGCGUCUGUGGACGAAUUGGACAGUUUUAAGAACAUCACCGACAUGGUCUACGAAAUGAAGAAGGAACUGACGGAGUUGAGGAAAGAAGUUAACAAGACUGGACAGUUAAGUGAUGAGGAUAUCUAUGGCUUGGCGAACGAAUACGGUGCUGAGUACAACUUAAAUUCGAACUUGGCGGCUUACAAUUCGAAUUUCUACCAGAACUAUCAGGCGAGAAUGCCCGGAACGUCGCUCUAUGGCCCUCCGCCCUUAUACCCGGGCAUGUACCCGCCCAUGGCGUACGCCUACGGCGGUCUAGGCUUGCCCCAGGGCGGUGCGUUGCCGUUCCCUCAGGAACAAAUUCCGGGAAUUUCCGGGCAGGACUUCCGCGCGAUUUCCGCCGCCUUGUCACAAGUGCAACAACCUGCAGUAACCUACGGCCAAACUACACCCCAAACUGGCCUUAACCUACUCACGGCUCAGGCGCAAGGGAUUUCCACCCCUAACCCAUUAUUUAAGACCACGCCAGCCACCAGUCAGAGUGUUUUCCCGACGAUUGGAGGUGUUACCGUCACAACGACACCCACAACGAAAGCCCCUCCUGUGAAUGUUGUUAUUACAGCCUCUGAUCCCUUGCCCACACCCAAGGUUACGACCACCCAACCCAUCCUUUCAGUCACCAUUCCGCCCCAACAUUUGAAAGGCAACGUCCCCAAAAGCCAACCUCACAAUUACCAAAUUCCCCUCCCGACCACCACAGCCCCCAACACCUCGCCGUCAGUUUUGAGUAAACCACCGCCGGCCAUUUCAACUCAGAGUAUUUUGUCGAAUGUCGCACCGCCGGUUUACUCCGCCGUGUCGGAUAAAACCCCGGUCAAUGUCAGUCUGGGCUUGCAAAUCGAAAAAACCCUCGAACAGAGUUACAAUGCGAGCAAGAACGAGUCGUUGAAUAAGAGCAACGUUUCGACGAGUUCGCUUGAAGAACACGACCCGUGUCCCGAUUUUAAGCCGAUUAUUCCGCUUCCGGACGAAGUUCCGGUUGUGACCGGCGAGGAAAACGAUGUGGUGUUGUUCUGCGAACGCGCUAGGUUGUUCCGGUACGUCACCGAGACUAAGGAGUGGAAGGAACGCGGUGUGGGCACUUUGAAGAUUUUGAAGAACCCGGAAACGAAGAAAGUUCGCAUUUUGAUGCGCAGAGAUCAAGUGCAUAAGAUAUGUGCCAAUCAUUUUAUUACGAAAGAAAUGGCGCUGACUCCGAAUGCCAAGUGUGACAGGGCGUACAUUUGGGCGGCGCACGAUUACGCCGAUGAAGAAGUCGUGUUGGAGAAGUUGUGUGUGAGGUUUAAGACGUCCGAAGAAGCGAAGAAGUUUUACGAUGUGUUUGAAGCGGCCAAAAAGGGGUUAGACACCGAGGAAAGUAAAGAGGCGGCGCCAAAACCCGCCUCUCUUGGUGGUUUUGUUUUCACGAGCACGCCGACUUUUAAGCCCAAGGAGGAGAAAGUUGUCAUACCUGUUAUGAAAGAGGAGCCGGUUAAAGCUAGUCCUUUCUCGAACUUUGUGUUCGGUUCUACGAAAAACACGAGUUUUCCCACGUUCCAAACUAACUUUUCACCAGUUCAGAAACAAAGUGAAAGCCCAGGUGGCAAAGCUAAGGAACCGGUCGAUGAUGAGACUGAAGAGUUUGUUCCAACGGCUGAGUUCAAACCAGUCGUGCCUUUGCCCGAAUUAGUCGAAGUCAAAACUGGCGAAGAAAAUUGCGAAGUCUUGUUUGAGAGCCGAGCGAAAAUCCUCCGUUUUGACACGAGUGAAGAAACGAAAGUAUGGAAGGAGAAAGGAGUUGGUGUUUUCAAACUGCUUAAGGACGCAACAACCAUCAGACUAGUCAUGAGGCGAGACCAAGUCUUGAAAGUGUGUUGUAACCACCAACUACUCAAAAACAUGGAAUUUAAAUUCAUGACAAAUAAUCCCAAAGCACUGACUUGGUGCGCGAAAGACUUCUCUGAAGGCGUCCUUAAACCGGAAACGCUGGCUAUAAGAUUCAAAACAGAAGAGCUGGCUAAUUCGUUCUUGAAAGCCAUCCAAACCGCUCAAGAGUCACUCGAUGAAAAUAACUGCGUGUCGGGUAAAACCCCGAAAAUCGAAUCUCCGGUUAAACCGACCGGUUUCGGCGAUAAGUUCAAACCGGCGAAGGGAAGUUGGGAGUGUAAAAAUUGCUUCGUUGUGAACGACGGCAAAGCCAACUACUGUGUGGCUUGCGAGACACCUAAAAACGACACAGUUCCGAAAAAAAGCGAGAGUGACGCUUCUGGAGCUGCGUUUUCUUUCGGAGUUGGCGUGUCCAACUCCUGGGGCAACGCCUUCAAGCCUAAGGAAGGUUCAUGGGAGUGCAAGACUUGCUACAUCAGAAAUGACGCCGAUAAGACACACUGUAUGUCGUGUGAAUCGCCCAAAGACGACACAAUUCCGAAAAAAGAGCCCGAAAAGGGGGUGAAUUUGGACACUGGUGGUUUGAAAUUCACGUUCGGGGUUCCGAAAACUGCCGACAAGCCAACCACCGGCUGGGGCGAUUUAUUCAAGCCCAAGGAAGGGUCUUGGGAGUGUAAGAAUUGUCUAAUCCAGAACAAUUCCGAUGUCGUUUAUUGUGUGGCAUGUGAGAGUCCGAAAGAUGAUACAGUUCCGAAAAAGGAAGGUCCGAAAGGUGUCAAUUUGGACACUCCGGGUCAGAAAUACACUUUCGGGAUUCCUUCGACUCAAGCCGGAGCUAAAGCCACGUUUACUUUUGGCCAGAGUAGCAUAUCAACCGAGAAACCGUUCGUUUUCAAACCCAAUGUCAGUGUGGAGAAAAAAGACACUUCAGCGACUGAAAAAUUCGUGUUUGGCUCGCCACAAAAGCACGAUUUUGAAUUCACUCCGCGGUCACCCAGACGUAUCAGCAGCGGCGGUAAAGACGAGGAGUCUGAUGCCAGUUACGUGGAGGAAGAGGCUGAUAAUAUUUACUUCAAACCGGUGAUUCCGCUCCCGGAUAAGGUUGAAGUGAAGACGGGUGAGGAGGAAGAGGACGUCUUGUAUUGUCAUCGAGCGAAGCUUUACCGUUUCGUGGAUAAGGAAUGGAAGGAGAGAGGAAUCGGUGAUUUGAAGAUUUUGAGGCGGAAAGAUACCGGCAAAUUAAGGGUUUUGAUGCGGCGGGAGCAAGUGUUUAAGAUUUGUUUGAACCAUAUUCUCACUACUGACAUUAAGUAUUUGCCCAAGGAUGAUAAGACAUGGCUGUUCCAUGCGUCGGAUUAUUCCGAAGGCGAAAUAACCGAAGAACAAUUUUGUCUUAGGUUUAAGAACGCUGAAAUUGCUCAGGAAUUUAUGAAGGCUGUGAACGAUGCUUUGAGUGGAGCGUCCUGUGAUACAGGCAAGAAAAUUGAUGAAACAUCCGAAGGGGAAGACGUGGAAUUCAUUUCCGAGACAAAAGUAACACCAGAAGAAGAAAAAGAAGCUCUCAGAUUAAUGUUGCCUCCAAAGUUUAUGUCUUAUCGUCAAUUACCCGACUGUCAAUGCGCGCAGUGCAAAAAAGACGACGAAUAUUUGAAAGAUCUCUUCAAAACGAGCGACCAAAAGUCUACCGCAACCCCUCCAAUCAGUCAAAUUUUCAAAAAUUCGAAUACGCCAUCUAUCAGUACGUCUUCUAGCACAAGUUCGAUUUUCACGACACCGAAAGAAGAAGUGUUCAGUUUUAAAGCAGCUACUGAGACAGUAUCAUCGCCUGCCGAUAGCUCGCUCACUCUUAAAAGUCUUCUAAGCAAACCGUCACUUCUGGUCACUCCUGUAACAACUUCCAGUGGAAUAUUCAGUUCUGCCAACAAUUCAUCGAAUAUCUUCUCUUCUCCUGCCACCUCAAGCAAUUUAUUCGGCUCAAAAUCGCCCUCGAUUUUUCAAACGGCCAGUGAAACCAAGAACGAAUCGUUCACAUUCGGGGCUAAAACACCCGACACUACCUCUUCCAGCAUUUUCGCGCCGCCAACAACAGCUGCGAAAUCAACCGGAAGUAUUUUCGGGUCCGGUAGUGUGUUCGGAAGCGGUGGCGGAAGCAUUUUCGGCUCGAAAUCGACCCCAGUUUUCGGUUCGGGACCGGGAAUUUUCGCUGCUACGACCCCAACGACCACAGCUCAGUCUAGUGGAAUUUUUGGGGGUGCAACCACUACGAGCAGUUUUAAAACCACGGGUAGUCUUUUUGGUACUCCGGCCACAACCACAACGGGGAGUAUUUUCGGGGGUUCACCUGCAGUUUUUGGUAAAGGUACAAAUAAGCCGAUAUUUGGAGGAGGCGACAGUCUGGCGAAAGCGACCGAAUCGCCCGUCAGACCUGUUUUUGGUGCUGCGGUUGCGCCAACCGACGUCAAAACAACGAAUUUGAAGGAUGAGGAUGCUCCGGUUUUGAAUGCUGAGUCUGGAAUCACGUUUGCAAGCUUGGCGGCCAAAAGUACGGAAAAACCGGCGUUCGCCAAAGAGAAAAAUGACUCUGAAACCCCAUUUGCGUUUUUGGGUGCCGGGGCCCCAGUUUUUGGCUCUGCCACCCCCGACAAGAGCAAAUCAGUGGCUUCAGAAGAGGCAGAAGGUGGAGGUGAUGAGGAGUACGAUCCUCAUUACGACCCCAUAGUGCCUCUACCAGACGCCAUUGUUGUUUCAACAGGCGAGGAAGACGAAGAAGUGCUUUUCAACGAACGGGCAAGACUGUACAGAUUCGACGCUGAUAAUAAAGAAUGGAAGGAAAGAGGAGUUGGCCAAAUGAAGAUUUUGCAUCAUCCAAUCAACAAUACUUACCGGUUUUUGUUAAGGCGUGAGCAGGUCCACAAAGUGGUACUUAAUCAGUUAGUUAUCCCAGAUUUGGAGCUCCAACCAAUGACGACGUCUGAUAAAGCCUGGGUCUGGGGGGGCUAUAAUUACACCGACGAUGGUUCAGCUUUAGAAAAGUUGGCUGUGAGAUUCAAAAACUGCGACUUGGCCCAAAGUUUUUACAAAGUUGUGCAAGACGUGCUUGAUAAAGUUAAGAAAAUUCAGUUGGAGAAAUCCAAAACUGAAACAGCGGGGCAAGUCGACUUAACGAAACUUAUUCCGUCUUCGAUUCAAAAUUUCGGGGUUGAGGAGGUGAGUGGGGACGAGCAAGCCGGUAAGGAAGUUUCCUACGAGGAGGAGGACGAUGAGGAAGAGGAGGAUGAUGAGGAUGAGGACGAUGAUCGUACAGUGAUGUUCAUGAAACGGUGUACUCUCAGUGAAGAGGUUAAUGGCGAAUGGAAAGAGGUAGCUCUUGGUGACUUGCAAGUUUAUUACGACCCGGAUCUCUAUGCGGCAAGAAUUUGCGUUAGCAACGAUAAUGGUGAAAUUGUGAGCAAUACGGUUAUUGAAAAGAAUACCGUCAUGGAGUUGGAUAAGAACAACUGCGUUUGGAGUGCGUACGAUGAGUGGGGAGAUGAAUACCGGAACAGGACACUCAGGGCUACAUUCAGCAGCGCAGCAGCUGCACAAGAAUUUCACUGUAACUACGUGGAAGGCUUGAACUACGCCCAUGAGUUCGACGUGGUGAAUGAAAUGCCGGUAGCGACUGAGGAAGAGACUGAAUCGUUAGGUCAUUAAUCUGUGUUUUUAUAUAUUUCCACUGUUCCUUUUACAAAGUUUUAGUUUAGGAAUUUUAUAGGAAAGUAGGUUUUACGCAAAUAAAAACUUUAACGAA